CACGACAACGCCGUCGCCCAAGAUCUCGUCCCCACAAGCGCUGCUCCAGAUCCGUCUUUUUCAUCUCGGAUUGCACCGAUCGAUUCUGCUGCUCCCAUGGCCUUUGCAGACGCCUCCACCGACGAAGUCCGGGUCGCCCUGGCCCAGAUCACCCCCGUCUGGCUCGACCGCACCAAAACCCUUGCCAAGGUCCAUGAGGCCAUCCGCGAGGCUGCCCAACAGAGCGCCCAGCUGGUCGUCUUUGGCGAAGCUCUCGUCCCUGGUUAUCCCUGGUGGCUUGAGCGCACCGAUGCCGCUCGCUGGGACCAUCCGCUUCAGAAGGAGAUCCAUGCGCACUACAUGGAUCAAGCUGUUUGCAUCGAAGAUGGCCACCUUGACUCUGUCUGCGCUCUUGCCCGGCAGCUCAGCAUCGCUGUCGUUCUCGGCACCAUCGAGCGUCCAAAGGACCGAGGAGGACACAGCCUCUACUGCACGGCAGUCACGAUCGACGCCCGCGGCACGAUUGCCAGCGCUCAUCGCAAGCUCUGCCCAACUUAUGAGGAACGUCUGGCCUGGUCGCCGGGGGAUGGCAAUGGUCUAGUUGUGCAUCCACUCGGCCGCUUCACCUACGGAACCCUCAACUGCUUCGAGAACUGGAUGCCUCUCUCCAGAGCGGCCCUCUAUGCUCAAGGCGAGGAUCUCCAUAUUGCCCUUUGGCCUGGCAAUCUGCGCAACACCGAGGAUAUCACUCGCUUCAUUGCCCAAGAAUCCCGAUCCUUUGUCAUCUCUGUCAGCAGCACAAUGCACGCCGAUGAUAUUCCGGACGAUAUCCCGAAGGCAGCCGAAAUCAAGGCCCAUUCAUCGGGAUCGUUUGCCAACGGCGGCUCGUGCGUCGCCGGUCCCGACGGUCGAUGGGUCCUUGAGCCCAUCGUCGGCAGAGAAGCCGUUGUCGUUGUGGUCCUGAAUCAUCAGCGCGUUCGCGAGGAGCGCCAGAACUUUGACUUGGCCGGUCACUACUCCCGCCCCGAUGUAACUCGACUGGUGGUGAACCGAAAGCGACAGACCCUCCUCGAGCUGGAAUAGUCGCCGAGACAGGGACGCCGCUGCGGCUGACAUGAUCAUGGGGAGACAUGCGCUCCAUGUCGUCAAAGUGGACACCCUGUCUUCCCUGGCCUUGGAGACCCGGCACAGCCGUGCAAAUGCAACAGGACACUUGGUUUCUUGUUGGCGAACAAUCUUUUAGACGAGAAUACACGUAUUAUUGAGGUCAUCCAAGGGAAUCACA